CAAAGUCUUCCCCUUUCAGGCAAAAUGAAUUAGGGCUUCUGACUCAGCCAACCUCAACCUCCGCCGAACCUCCUAUCCUGUCUGUCUGCGACAUCAACUGCUAUGUCGAGGGUCCAAAUGCCCCAGAGUCCCUGACUUCUGCGACAAUCCUCCCCGCCGAUGGUUGUUUCGGCUGCCCAGCCGCUGGCCCCGGCCGCUCCGUCGCCCGCUUUGAGAUCUUGGUUUUCCCCACACGCCGCCCCCUUUUUUCUCUUUCCCUGUUCUUUCCCGUGAGUGUCUGUCUCUCUUUGACGGGCGGAGGAGCUCCUCGUUUCCUCUCCGACUCAAGUCACGAUGGUUCAAGGCCUCCGCUAUCGACGCGGCUUCCCGCUCGUCCUCAUCGCUCUCUUCUUGUACUUCACCCUCAGUCGAAUAUCCUCCCCGUCCUCUUCGUCCACACAGCCAGCAGACCCUCGUUAUCUCCCGAUAUCAGGUGCCCCGACGACUACAGACCAUGGCAAGUUUUGGAUAGCCUUCCAUGAGAUCCUCAAAGCGGCUGAACCACGUUGUAAGUCGCCGAAGCGAAUAGAAGACCACCCGGCCGCGAUCGGCUUCAAGCCCGACGAGGCCGAUCAUGUCACCCUACCGGAACAUAUCAUCGUAGAGCCUGAAGAUAAAGAGAUAUUAAAAACCGCACACUCCCGAUUUACCACCUUGUUAUCGAGCCCGACUGCCCCAAAACUACGCUACACCCCCGGCACCAGAGGCAUUGUCUCAACCGCGGGUGGCCGGUACCUCCCGGUCCUGGUCACCUCCUUGCAUAUGCUCCGGGAAACAGGCUCAACUCUUCCCGUCGAAAUCUUCGUGGCGGACAAAAGUGAAUAUGAUGAAUACGUCUGUGGCGUGGUGCUGCCCUCGCUGAAUGCGAAAUGUGUGAUCUUGGCAGAUAUUCUGGACUUCUCACCGCUAGACGAGGGCCUGAAGAAAUAUCAGUUCAAAAUCUUUUCCCUUCUCUUUUCAUCCUUCGAGCAGGUGCUAUUCCUCGACGCCGAUUCAUUCCCCAUACACAACCCUGGAGAGUUAUUCGAUUCAGAGCCAUUCCUUUCAACCGGCCUGGUUACCUGGCCCGACUUUUGGCAGGUGACUUACCACCCGUCUUUUUUCUACGUUUCGUCCCAACAAGUCCCGACAGGAUUCCGCCAUGCAUCCACUGAAUCAGGCCAGCUGCUGGUCUCCAAGAAAUCCCACGCGCAAAUGCUUUUGCUAUCGGCCUAUUACAACUUCUACGGCCCGUCGCAUUACUACCCAUUACUAUCCCAAGGCCACCCUGGCGAAGGAGAUAAGGAAACACUCGUUGCCCCCGCCAUGAUUCUGCAUCUUCCAUUUUACGCCGUUUCCACGGGACCGGCCGUCUUCGGCUAUCGCAAACCGGACGGCGGGUGGGAGGGCGGCGUGAUCCUACAAACAAAUCCCAUCUGGGACUCGCGCCUCCCAGAGGGCGAAGUCUACGGCUGGGGCGGGAAGCCCAACGCCCCUCCAGAAUCCUUUAUGACAUGCCAUGCCAACCUGCCCAAGCUGGACCCAAUCAGCGUGUUCGGGGAAAAGGGACUCGCGUGGAACUCCGAAGGCGACCCGCAGCGAAUGUGGGGCCCUAAGCAUGAAAUGAUUGAGAAAGUCGGUUUCGACAUCGAGCGCAGGCUCUGGGGCGGAUUGCAGAAGACCGCGUGUGGGCUUGAAAGCAAGUUCGUGCCCUGGAAUGACAAACCGAAAUUGUGCGGGAAGAUUGAAGACUUCAUGAAGUAUAUGGCGAAUAAAUAAAGGAUUGGAUUUUUAUUUGUAUAUUUUUAUUUAAUAUUUUUAUAAUUUUUUAUUUUCUCUUUCUAUUUAUAUAUAUCUAUAUAUAUAUUUGAAUUAUCGUG